AUGGAAGCAACAAAAUCAAGAACACUAGAGGUGACGGUUUUAUCAGCGGAGGAUCUCCGCGUUAACGGAAAGCUGCCGACGAAGAACGUGUACGUGGUGGUUCGCGCGGAGUCCAUAACGAGCCACACGACGGCGAUGAAGGCUGAUUGCGGCGGCGGAUUCCAUUCAUGGAACGAGAAGUUCUUGGUGAACUUGGCCACGCAUGCAAGGUCAAUAACGUUCGAGGUGAAGUGCAAAACUCAAAUGGGAGUAAUCAAAGACGUUGGUGUGGCGAGAAUUGCGCUUUCGGAUUUCCUAGGUGGUUUCGUGCCUGAUAAUUGCUUACAGUUCUUGAGUUAUAGGUUGAGGGACUUUGAUGGCCUGAGAAAUGGGAUCAUCAAUUUCUCUGUCAGGGUGGUGGCGCCGCCCGCACCCGAGAAGAUUAUCUGUGGUUCUUGUGGGUUGAAGACCGGUGUCAAUGAUUCUUCCAAUGGAGUUGUUACUGGCAUUCCCAUUGGGUGGAACAACCGUACCAACAAUGAAACAGAUAUCUUGGCCUACUCUAUUUACCAGAAAGAGGAUGCUGCGGCAAAAGAGGAAGAAUUAAAAACUUUUGAAAGUGCUAGUGAACUAUCUCUAACGACAUUUACAUCGCUUCUGAUUGAAUUUGUGGCAAGGCUUCAAAACCUAGUGGAUUCAUUUGAAGAAUUAGGUGAAAAAGCAAACUUAUGGAUCCUCUCGAGCAACAAGCACCAGUAA